ACAACAGGAAGCAAAACGACACACAGGCGUACAGAUACACACCGCGUGUUUGUGUGUGUGUGUCUGAGAGGGAGACUGCGCGAACAAGAGGGUGAACGGGAAAGGAAGGGAGGGAGAGUGACGCGGAGGCUGGGAGAGCCGGCCCCCCCCUCCUCUCCUCCUCUCCUCCUCUCCCUCUCUUUCUCUCCUCUCCUCCUCUCCUCCCCUCCUCCCUCUCUCUCUCUCUGUGGAGCAGGCGUGUAGCGGCAUCAGACUCGGCGUGAAGGAACCAUGAGCGAUGUCACCAUCGUUAGAGAGGGAUGGCUCCAGAAACGGGGUGAAUAUAUAAAGAACUGGCGGCCACGUUACUUUCUGCUGAAGACAGAUGGCUCUUUCAUCGGCUACAAGGAGAAACCUCAGGAUGCAGACCUGCCCUACCCCCUAAAUAACUUCUCUGUAGCGAAAUGUCAGCUUAUGAAGACAGAGAGGCCGAAGCCAAACACCUUCAUCAUACGCUGCCUCCAGUGGACCACCGUCAUCGAGAGGACCUUCCAUGUGGACUCGCCUGACGAGAGAGAUGAGUGGACAGAGGCCAUCCAGAUGGUGGCUGACAAGCUGCAGAGACAAGAGGAAGAAAGGAUCCAGUGCAGCCCCACCUCCAACAUCGACAACAUGGUGGAGGAGGAGAUGGACAUCUCCACCACACACCACAAACGCAAGACAAUGAGUGACUUUGACUACUUGAAGCUGCUGGGAAAGGGAACCUUUGGUAAAGUGAUUCUUGUCCGAGAAAAGGCCAGCGGGAAAUACUACGCAAUGAAAAUCCUUAAAAAAGAAGUCAUCAUAGCUAAGGAUGAAGUUGCUCACACACUCACCGAGAGCAGAGUGCUGAAAAACACCAGACACCCCUUUCUCACUUCAUUGAAGUAUUCAUUCCAGACUAAAGACCGUCUCUGUUUCGUCAUGGAGUAUGUGAAUGGAGGAGAGCUGUUUUUCCAUUUGUCCAGAGAGCGGGUGUUCUCAGAGGAGCGCACGCGCUUCUACGGCGCCGAGAUCGUCUCGGCUCUCGACUACCUGCACUCAGCCAAGAUUGUGUACCGGGACCUCAAGUUGGAAAACCUGAUGUUGGAUAAAGAUGGCCAUAUGAAGAUCACUGAUUUUGGCCUCUGUAAGGAGGGCAUCACAGACGCUGCUACCAUGAAGACCUUCUGUGGCACACCAGAGUACCUCGCACCUGAGGUCUUGGAGGACAACGACUACGGUCGGGCUGUGGACUGGUGGGGUUUGGGUGUGGUGACAUACGAGAUGAUGUGCGGCCGACUGCCGUUCUACAACCAGGACCACGAGAAGCUGUUUGAGCUCAUCCUCAUGGAGGACAUCAAGUUCCCGCGAACUCUGUCUGCCGAUGCCAAGUCCCUGCUGUCUGGCCUGCUCAUCAAAGACCCCAACAAACGGCUCGGUGGAGGACCAGAUGACGCUAAAGAAAUAAUGAGACACAGUUUCUUCUCUGGCGUUGACUGGCAGGAUGUCUAUGAUAAAAAGAUGGUCCCUCCAUUCAAGCCUCAGGUGACGUCGGAGACAGACACCAGAUACUUUGAUGAGGAGUUCACGGCCCAGACCAUCACAAUCACUCCACCAGAGAAAUUUGACGAAGAUGGGAUGGACUGCCUGGACAACGAGAGAAGACCACAUUUCCCACAGUUCUCCUACUCUGCCAGUGGGCGGGAAUGAACUGUUCAACUCGGUGACAUCGUCACAGCUGGUCUCUGAGGUCAUCAAUGUGGGACAAAAAGACCCACAGCUGUGGACCGACCCAGAAUGGCCGUGACUUGAAGGAUUUUGCCCUUCUCCUCCUCUCCUCCUCUCCUUUUCACCUCUCCAGUCUUCUUCUCUAUUUGUUUUUUUUAUUUUUGUGAAUCCCUUUUUAGAGAGAACUUCCAGACAAAAUUACUUUCUAAUCCUGCACUGCAACCCUAGGUGAUCCAAACUGUGACGUGAUCAGUUACUAUGUAAUGUCCCUUUAAAGACAGGAGCAUCACCGGUGGCCUGCUGUGCUUUGACAUGUGUCGGUCCUGCCAAACCCUAAAAACAAACUUCUGAUCAAGUUCGACAACAGCCGAUGCAUUUUUAACGCAACGUUUUUGUGGCUUCUUAUCUGUGAGAUGAAGAUAGAGCAUUUUAAGUCUUUCAGACCCAAACUGCCGUUACUGGUCGUAUCUCAGGCUUUUACAAACAGACAGAUACUCAGACUCAGAGAGACACUUGGGUCUGUUUCAGAUCCUCACAUGAAUAAUUCUGGGGAUUGAUUGAGGCUGCCUGGCAUUGAGCAGAAUCCUUCACACCUCAUGUUGUCAAGCAGGAUUUGACUCAGGUUUUGCUCAGUGCAAUUCAUUAUUGUUGUUGCUGCUAUUUCAACUACUACCGCAACUACUACAGGUAGUACUAGUCCUACUACUACUAUAUUACUACUGCUACUACUAAAACCCGGUGCUACACUACUAGCUUAAUGCUGCAGAUCAUUAUACAGGCGCCAGCAACACAUCAACCACCUGUUUUAACGUCUAUGCUUGUACAGCUGCAGAACAGGUGUUGCUACUACUCCUAAUGUACUGCUAAUACACAUUAACUCUGUAGAUUAAGAUGAUGGGAUGUCAUGUAUGUGUGUGUGUGUUUGAGUGAGUGAGUGAGAGAGGUACUAUUAUGGGUUUGUGCUUAAGAACGCACCUCAAAGCACAGCAGUGCGGAAGGAUGAAGCUCCCAAACCAUGAGCUUUACUGUGUUACCCACAAUGCAGUGCAGGGUGGUUGAUAUAUUCAUCACUGCAGAGGUGAAAAUGAGAGGAAAAUGGUUGGUUUGAAUGUUCCCCCCAAAGAUUUUUAUUUAUUUCCCCUCUGAGUUGAAAUCUCCUCUGUCCCCCAAAGGGAAAACAAAACCGAAAUGGUACUUAGUGUCCAUGAUAGAAAGCUUUACUGUGACAUGUUGUUGUCAUGGCUUUGGGAACCACACGGCUGUACCUCUCUGUCUUUGUGCAGGAAAGGGAAACUGCAGCAGGAACAGAUUCACCAUACAGUGAAAAGAGAAGUCCCGGAUGGGGAUUGUGAUGAGAAGAGAGAAAGAGUACAGGUGAAAAGCUCCAAGAAUGAUACGAUACGAAAUAUUUAUAAUGUGUUACUUACUAUGAUGUAUUGACGAGUGAGGUGACGGCUGAUUUCCUGUUUCCUGUGAGAUUUAAAAGGAUUUAAAUUAUUUAAAAAAACAAAAAAAGACAUUAUGGUCUGUGAGGAGGUACGCAUCAACAGUUAUAGGUUUACACCAAUCACAGCAAUGGCUAUAAUAUAUAUAUGUUCUAUUUAUUUGUUCUACUCAUCAGUUUUAUAUUUAACUUUUCUAUUGUUAUUACAUUAUUCUAGAAAAUAGUUUUUCUUAGGGCUGAGAGGAAAAAAGGCACCUCAAGAAACAAAAAUGGCUGAAGAAUGUAGGAGGGAAAGCGGAUAGCCUUCCUGCUCCAUUGUUUAUUUUAUUUUAAUUAUGUUUUUGUGUUGUUUUGUGACCAAAAUGUGACAGCCGAGAGGUGACAGGACACAUUGAAGACAGAUGAUAGUUUGCUGUGAGCUUAACGAACAUUUUGGGGCAACUGAAGUUUGGGAUAAUGAUAGAAACUCACCUUUUUUUCCCUUCAACAUUAUCCAUAUCAUCCCACAGGCGUGUACUGUGACGGCUCGUCUCACCUGAUUGGAUAUUGACACAAACGCCCCAUAUAUUUAAUCUCACCACAGGUGUGUGUUGGUGAAGGCUGAGACAGAUUUCAGGGAGAAGGACGAAGUGGAAGUUGUGCAGAAAGAAAACAAGUGCAGCACAGAAGUCUGAAUGUAAAGCGGUAAGGAUGGAAAAGAUUUAAUACAGAUCUGUAAGUGCUACUGUUAACUGUAAGUGUGUCGAGACAGAGUAGAGGAGAAAGUUGAAAAAGUGUGUGAGGUUUUAGGUCAGUCAGUGUUUUCCUGCCAGUUUUAGAUGAGAAGGAAUAUCUUCCGCACUAAUGCAACCUUUAUCGUAAGAGUGGGGAUCAGAGUUGGGACCCCAACCACUAAACCUUUCCUGCUCUCUCCUCUGUCUUUCGCAUGUUCUGUCAUUUCUCCGGUCUGGACUUUGUUUGUGUCGUCAUGUCUUCCAGUCUGACCAACAAGAUUUAUAAUCCCCUCAAUUUCUGUCUUCAAAUGCCAGUGAGCCUUAUGGUUUAGCUCAGAAUAAGCUCGUCAGAGUGGGAAAAAAAAGUGUGGAAAUAUAUUUUUAGAAAUUUGAAACUUUAUCCAAAAAACAAAAAAAAACUCAUAAUGUGGAAGACGUCACCUUCAGUAUCUGGAUGACACAGAGCACCAGGGGAUGUGCUCUUAUUAGGCAUAGAAGACUGUAUUCCAGUAUAUUUAUUUGAAUGUUUUUAUUACUAUUAUUAUUGAUGGAUAACUUGAAUUUCUUUUCUAUUUAAUUUAUUUGAUGUCAUUUUGUUUUGGAGUUUAGCAGUAAGGGGGUGUAGUCGUGUUUCACUCUGCAGUUUAAGUCUUCAGACUUCGUUCUAAAAAUAAAUGCCUCCUUUUUUCUUUACGGAUAUCUUAUACAACACAUUACCUGUUUUCCUGCUGCUCCUAUGUCCAUAUGCUUUACUCUUGCACAUCCAUUAAAUUGCUAUUAGUUAGCAAAGACGCUUUAUGGCAGAAAGUAUAAAAGGAUGGCGCUGGCCUGCAUGCUGUAGUCCUCCUCUGUCCGCACUACCAGUCCUGAGUCAAAGUGGCACUCAGAACUCUUAUGAAAAAUACUUCUCUGUGAUCGAUUGAGCCUGUCUGGCACAGCUGAAGCAGCCCAAACCAACCAGCUGGCACCCCCGACAGGCUCAAGCAAACGCUCCCAAGUAUUUGGAAGGAUUUCAGCUUUGAUUUGACCCAGGUCUGCGAGUGACUGAGGAGUUCUAGCUGUAUGUGCACGCUUACCGCCAAAAUCAUUAGAAACCAGAGUUCAUAAAAUACUGCUUUGUAGCUUUGGCCACAGCACUUUCACAACCAUCACUUUUUAUAUGGUUCAGAGGAAUCUGAUUCAGCCCUGCUUUAAAGGAAGAUUUUUAGCUUUUUUUAUGUUUUUAAGAAAAUGAGGAUUUUUAAAAGCACAUCUCCCCUCCACAUUCAACCGAUGGCUUUGAUGUUGCUCUGAUGUCUGGAUUUGGCAAGACCUGGGUGAUUGUGUCCCACGUGCCAGAGAGGAGUCAGUGCUGCCACUGCAGAGUGGGCUGUGGAUCAUGCUCAGUGGACGUUUUCAGGAAACUGGUCAGUCUUCAUAAACUAAAAACUCCACUGAGCAAUCGGUAAAACUCCACUGAUGUCACUGACUCCUUCUCCUCUUCUGUUUAGAAAAGUUCCCCCUCCAGUGAGCCUCCUUGCUCAGUCCUCUUCAGAUUCAAGUUAAUUUACUGGCAGCAACAAUCCCAGGCUGAUUCUAAAGGUCAGAGAUCAUGAAAAGAUUCAAGUUUUCCUCAAAUUACUAUAAGUGGAGAAGGUGGAGCCUAGUAAUCCUCUUCAUCAAAUGUGGGAUUUCCCUUAGAGGCUGUGUAUCAGUGGAGGAGAACAUGUCAGUGAUUUAACUUUGUCUCAGUUGUUUUCACCAAACAGAGGCUCUUAAACUGGACGAUGAAGUUCAGUUAAAGCCUCCUCACAGCUUUACUGGUGCCCUCGAUUGGUGUGAAUCGACAGUAUGUGAGUUAUCUGACGCUGCGCUGACAGCGUUUACUCUUAAAGCUGCUGCUGUUUGUACUGUACAUCUAUCACACAACAGAUCCGACUCCAGUAGUAUUUGAAUAAUAUGUAAAAUCCUUUCAAAGACCUCAGCUGCUCUGUAUUGAUCUCGGCCCGUUUGUUAAUGAACGGACAGCGUCAGCCAAAAAUCACAAGCCGCGCUCAGCCUGGCGUUUAAUGCAGAUAAUAAGUAAAUGGCUCCAGUGUUUGGAAGGAUUUCUGAAAGUAUUUGACCUCAUGUCUGCAACAGAAUUCCUCCCCUCUCUUCUCUCUCUGGUACUAGUCUACUAUCAUCAUGAUUAUUAACAUGAACAAGCAUGAGAUGCAUUUAUUUAUAAACAGCAAACAAAAAACGGCAAACAUGUACAAAUAUUACAAAGUGUAAUUGAGUUCUAACUCCACGUCCAUGUCCUUCUACUGUAGCUUUACAGUUGUGUGAGACAUUUCUGGACAGCCACCAGCUGUUCGCAGAGUGGGCCACGUUUCCCUGAAGCACUGAAGUCAGCUCUGCUCCGCGUCAUGUCGGCGGAGCAGAGAUGACGUUGACUCUGAGACAGUGUCGGGAAACGCAGCAGAUCGAUCAAACAGCCUUUUUCUGUCCCUCAUGCUGUUAAGAAGCAGUGCUGCUGGCCGCUGAGGCCGCGAGGAUGUGAAAACAACAAAUUACCAUCAACAUGAAGCUGUUUUUUACACUGUACAUCCUUAGUAUUUUUACACAUAAAAUGUAUAUGAUAGGGAUGCACAUUAUUUUCCUUCUUACAGACAGCUUCAAUAAAGCACUAUGUCAAUC